AACAAGGUGCGUUUGCGCUGCGUGUGUUUGAACAUUGGCGCGAUCUGACUUCACAUCCCUCUCUGAAAUACUCUAAUCAAUCCCAUACAUAAAUCCACGAGAAAGAAAUGAAUCACUGUGAGCUUGAAGAAGUGACGCAACAUAUUAACAACAAAAUUUCCAUGAUUAAAACACUCCUGGAGCUUCGAGCUGCUGCAAAAGAUCCAGACAAACGGGGGACUCUUCUCAAAAUCGAGCAAGAAGUCUCUGCUAUCAACGAGCUUCUGGAUCGCUUUGAGAGAUAUGUGGGCGAGCAGAGAGGCUUGCUGAAGCAUUUGAAGGAUCUAGAAGGGUUUUUCCGGGAGGACGAACAGGAUGCCCUUCACCUCAAGAACAACAUCCCUCCGCACAUGCCCAAAAGAGGCCAACAAGCAUCUCUGCAAGGAGGAGGACAGGUGGCAGUUCAGAGCAGGCAGGCAGAUGCGCCACCCGCUCCUCAGGAACAGGGUCCGCCCAGGAAACCUCAGCGUAACCAGAUCAAAGAGAUGGAGUUCAUUACCGUCCCAGAGUUUGACAGCAUACCACCGUACAUGAAAGGCCGUGUGACGUAUGACCAGCUGAACGCAGCGGUGCAAAGCAUAAACACAGCUGUGACGUCAAAAUAUAAGAUCCUCCAUCAGCCAGUCAAAACCCUGAACAAUGUGUCCCGCAUGCUCCACCAGCGCUUUAAAGACCAAGAAACAAAGGACACCAAGGGUCAGUUUUUCAUCGUGGAGCAAGAUAUCAGAGAGUUUGCCCAGCUGAAAGUGGACAAACGGUUUGUGGGCAUGUUGAACAUGUUACGCCACUGCCAGCGUCUGAGGGAAGUCCGAGGCGGCGGUCUCACACGCUUCAUCCUGCUCUAAGACUCAGAGACGCCCACAUCUCCAUCACAUCGCUUUGAACGGAGUUUUGAAAGGGACUAUGCACUAAAAGAUACAUUUUUGUUUGAGAGCUGUUUGCCGUGGAAUGAACUUCAGUGUCCAUUUGAUUAAAAAUAGAAAUUAUGUCAAAUCAGUUGAUGUGCAUCGACUCAGUCUGAGGCCUAAAACCUGGCAGAGAACUGGAUUUAUGGGUAAACAUAAAUUGCACACAGUCAAACAUCAAA